UAGUGCAGCUUCUUGUCCUAGACCACCACCAUCUCUUACCACGGGCUUUGGUCAGGCUCGUCAAAUUGAAGAUCGUGGACUGAAUUUCUCAAUCUAGUGGUAUGUAACAACGAGCUAAUGCCUGGUUUUGUGAAAAAGCCAUUUUACUCCCAUAAUUAGAUACGUUUUAGAAAGAAACACAUUCGUUGUAUUCAGCGCGGCUCAGACCGCACUCUCCAGUCUCCCAGAAACCGCACACGGGAUCUCGCAGCCAGUUAUUAGGAUGGCAUUCGCUCAACCUUUCCCACUCGCAGCAGCAGUCCAAAAAACACAACAACCCACGUUCGGCCCCGACUUGGCCGUGCGUCUCAUUUGCCCAGAGUGCAGAGAUCCAAAUCCGAAUAUUGUCGAAGAGUUUGGGAGCGGAGAUCUUGUGUGCGGGAGCUGUGGACUGGUGCUGGGUGACCGUAUUGUUGAUACAAGAAGUGAAUGGAGGACGUUCGCAAACGACGAAGGCGAUGACCCUUCCCGUGUCGGUGCAGCGUCGGACCCUCUAUUGGAGGGUAUAGAGCAAUUGGACACGCUCAUCAGUUUCCGUGACGGCGGCACAGGAAUUGCACGCGAGCUCCAACGUGCGGCUUCUCGCUCCCAGAAUUCCCGCUCGGAGCGGAAUCUUCUUACCGCAUUCCGCGACAUCGGCAGCUGGUGCGACCAGUUCUCGCUUCCCAAAACCAUCAGCGAUAUUGCCAAACAGCUAUACAAGCGCUCAGAUGAGGAGAAGCUUCUUCGUGGAAAACCUCUUGAGGCUGUGAUUGCCGCGUGUAUAUUCAUCGCGUGCCGCCAAGCCCACGUACCUCGUACAUUCCGCGAGAUUUGUAACUUGACCCAUGUGUCGAAGAAGACACUUGGACAGUGCUACAAGGCACUUGAGCAGGCUUUCAAUUUGUCGCCUGGAGCUACCGCGCAGGUUAAUGCGAAUGGGAGCAACCCAUCAACUGGCCCCGAAAACCUGCUUGUUCGCUACUGCAACCACCUUGACCUUCCCGCCAAUGUCCAGUCUAUUUGCGGUGAUAUUAUUGUUGCAGCUCGUCAGCACGGCGUUGCGGAUGGUCGUAGUCCAGUUUCUAUCGCUGGCGGGGCGAUUUACUUUACUUGCCACUUACUAGGGAAGCCCAAGUCUUCUCGAGAUAUUAGUGUGGUUGCUGGUGUCAGUGAGGGCACUAUCAAGCUGGUGUAUCGGUUGUACUAUCUGGAGAGGGAGAAAUUGGUGAAGGAGGAAUGGAUUAAAGAAGGGAGGGCUGACUUGGACAGGCUUCCUGUUGAGCGGUGAAAGGACGUAAUCACUCCUUGUGUACCGAUUUGUUACGGAUAAUGACAGUGGUACU